AUGUGUGACGUGCUCCAGCUCCAGCCUGCAGGUGCCUUCCUCCGUCAGGCCUACAACCUCCAGCCCUUGCGCCUCCACUCAGACCCUAUUGCGGUCGUGGGCAGUUGCACAGACAUCGAUGAAGCGCUGCGCCUUCCUGACUACGAGGACGAGGCGGCGACGCUAUAUUCGGCUUCUUCCUGCCAGAUGAAGGCGUCUAAAGAGCCCGAGGAUUUCCUCACGUCGAUCCGUCGCGGACUCGAUGAGCUCGAAGCCGAAGAAGACGACGACGACAGCGACGAUGACAGCGACGACGAGGGAUAUUACUACCAGGCCAACAAGGAGAACACUUACUACAGCCCGGACCAGAAGUUGCCCGGUGGCUUCCUGUUGGACGACACCCUCGACCUGUCCGACACGUCUACAGCCUCGUCGUCACUCAUGCCGUGGGCCCACCAAGAGUCCGACGAUGAGAACGACGAUGACAUGGAAGAACUCAUCUUCCAACUCGAAAUGUGAAAAAAAGAUAAGCAGAACUGUAGUGUAGAUACCCAAAUCGUAACACUAUUUAUUUAAAACGAA